UGAUCAACUGACCUGUAGAGUGAGAUCAUGUGACACAGCAUAGAGGCGUCGCUGAAAACAUUCACCCGUUCACCACAUAGACACACCGCCGGGGACCCGUUUCACAAUAAACAGAAAAGGCAUCAACAGUUACUGUCUGAGCCGCUCGGGUUGUAAACGCUGCUUUCCUCAGAUCGCAAUGAAACGAGGGAAGCAUGGGGGCUAAAGAGUCGAGGAUAGGAUUCCUGUCGUAUGACGAGGCUGUCAAAAGAGUUACUGAUGUGGAACUGAAGCGACUGAAGGAUGCCUUCAAGAGAACCAGUGGUCUGUCGUGUUACAUGACCCAGCAGUGCUUCUACAGAGAAGUGCUGGGAGAUGGAGUUCCCCCGAAAGUUGCAGAGGUGAUCUACAGCUCGUUUGGAGGCUCCUCUAAAGGGCUGCACUUUAACAACCUGAUAGUGGGGCUGGUGCUGCUGACCAGAGGGCGCGAUGAGGAGAAAGCGAAGUACCUCUUCAGCCUGUUUGCCAACGAUCUCAGUGGAUAUGCUGCCAGGGAAGAUAUCGAGGCAGUUCUGCAGGCUCUUGAUGGAGAAGUCCCGUCCUCCCUGAAGUGGUGCUUCACAGAGAGUGACAAGGUCAACUAUGAGCGAUUCAGGAACUGGCUGCUGCAGAACAAGGAGGCCUUCACUCUGUCUCGAUGGCUUCUCUCCGGAGGAGUGUGUGUCACGCUGACAGAUGACAGUGACACGCCCACCUUCUACCAAACCCUUGCUGGCGUCACACACUUGGAAGAGUCGGACAUAAUAGACUUGGAAAAGCGCUACUGGCUGCUCAAAGCACAAUCCAGAACCGGCCGCUUUGACUUGGAAACCUUCGUCCCGCUGGUGUCUCCUCCCAUCCAUGGCUCUCUGAGUGAAGGUCUGUUUCACGCCUUUGAUGAAAAUCGGGACAAUCACAUCGACUUUAAAGAGAUCUCUUGUGGACUCUCAGCCUGCUGUAGGGGGCCUGUUGCUGAAAGGCAGAAAUUUUGCUUCAAAGUGUUUGAUGUGGACCGUGAUGGGAUUCUGUCUCGAGAUGAGCUCCAUGAGAUGGUUGUUGCCUUGCUGGAGGUGUGGAAGGACAAUCGCACAGACACAAUCCCUGAGCUGCACAGCAGCGUCUCCGACAUAGUGGAGGAAAUUGUGAAGAUGCACGACACGACCAAGCUGGGACACUUGACCCUUGAAGACUACCAGAUCUGGAGCGUGAAGAGCGCUCUGGCCAAUGAGUUCCUGAACCUGCUCUUCCAGGUUUGCCACAUAGUGCUGGGCCUCAGACCUGCCACUCCUGAAGAGGAAGGGCAGAUCAUCAGGGGGUGGUUGGAAAGGGAGAGCAGACAUGGGCUGCAGCAGAGCCAGAGCUGGUUCCUGAUCUCCAUGCUGUGGUGGCAGCAGUGGAAGGACUACGUUAAAUAUGAGCAUAAAGGCAUCGUUGUGGAGCAGCCGUCCAUUCUGAGCUCACUCAGGCCCCUGACAGCUGCAGCCACUGUGGAGCCUGCAAACCCUGACAGGCCUGGGGGCCUGGGGGCCUUUGGCCCCUUCAGUCCCUCAGAGGAGAAGUCUCCUGAUGCUGUGUCCAGUGCCUCAGAAGCAACAGAAACUGCACUGAGUCCUCAGCUGGCUCCCUCUGCAGCGGAGAGCUGCUUCGCCCGUCAACACAACAUUUCAGAAAACAACAAUCAGUGUUUUUCUGGAGCCAACGGCCACCUGCCCUCCCAGCUGACAGCACAGAGGCCUGGAGCCAUCGACAACCAGUCUCUGGUCACCACCAAUCCCCUGCAGGCUCCUACGUUAACUAUGGAGGGUGGCAGACUGAAGCGCUCUUUGCAGCUGGUGCCUGGUAGAGACUUUGAGGUGGUGCCAGAGCCUGUGUUCUUCAGGCUGCAUACACUGGAGAAACAGAGCCUAACACAACUUUCCGCUCCACUCUGGCAGGUUAUCCUGGAAAGCAAGACUGGUCAAGCAGAGCUGGAGCUGUUCCCCUGCUACCUCCUGUUCCUCCGCCAGCAGCCCGCCACGCGCUCCCCUCAGUCCAACAUCUGGGUCAAUAUGGGAAACGUGCCGUCUCCUAAUGCUCCUCUGAAGAGGAUGCUGGCGUACACAGGCUGCUUCAGCCGCAUGGCCACCAUCAAGGACAUCCACCUGUACCUGUCACAGCGGCUCCGCAUCAAGGAGGAGGACAUGAGGCUCUGGCUCUACAACAGUGAGAACUACCUGACCCUGCUUGAUGAUGAAGACCACACUCUGGAGAGUCUGAAGAUCCAGGAUGAGCAGCAGCUGGUCAUUGAGGUCAGAAACAAAGACAUGAGCUGGCCUGAAGAAAUGUCCUUCAUUGCCAACAGCAGCAAAAUGGACAGACACAAAGUUCCUACUGAGAAAGGAGCGACUGGUCUCAGUAACCUUGGCAACACGUGUUUCAUGAACUCCAGCAUUCAGUGUGUGAGCAACACCAAGCCUCUGUCAGACUACUUUCUGUCGGGGACGCAUCUCUACGAGCUUAACAGGAUCAACCCCAUCGGGAUGAGGGGUCACAUGGCCAAGUGUUAUGGAGACCUGGUGCUGGAGCUGUGGAGUGGAACCCAGAAGAGCAUCGCUCCGCUCAAACUCAGGUGGACGAUAGCAAAGUAUGCCCCUCGCUUCAACGGCUUCCAGCAGCAGGACUCCCAAGAGCUGCUGGCGUUCCUCCUGGAUGGCCUCCAUGAAGACCUGAACCGGGUUCAUGAGAAGCCAUAUGUGGAGCUGAAGGACAGCGACGGGCGGCCGGACUGGGAAGUGGCUUCUGAGGCCUGGGAGAACCACCUUCGCAGGAACCGCUCCAUCGUGGUGGAUCUGUUCCACGGUCAGCUCAAGUCCCAGGUCAAGUGUAAAACCUGUGGCCACAUCAGCGCUCGCUUCGACCCCUUCAACUUCCUGUCCCUGCCUCUGCCCAUGGACAGCUCCAUGCAUCUGGAGAUCACUGUUAUUAAACUGGACGGCUCCACGCCAGUGCGGUACGGGCUGAGGCUGAACAUGGAUGAGAAAUACACGGGGCUGAAGAAGCUGCUGAGCGAGCUGUGCAGCCUGAAGCCGGAGCAGAUCCUCCUGGCUGAGGUCCAUGCUUCCAAUAUCAAGAACUUUCCUCAGGACAACCAGAAGGUGCGUCUCUCUGUCAAUGGCUUCCUCUGUGCGUUUGAGGUCCCGGUGCCGGGUUCGCCAACAUCUCUGAGCUCGCCCACACUCACAGACAUCACCCCAACAGCCAACGGCUCAGCUGCUAACAGGCACCCGAUGGCUAACGGUGGGCCCGGCACACUGCUGCCAUGCAGCCCAGAGACGCCUCUGGUCAAUGGGGUUGCCAAUGGACAUAUGAGCCCCAUGCAGGACAGCCCUUUCAUUGGAUACAUCAUCGCCAUGCACAGAAAGAUGAUGCGGACAGAGUUGUACUUCCUGUCAUCUCAGAAAAACCGGCCCAGCCUGUUUGGGAUGCCGCUCAUUGUCCCCUGCACUGUCCACACCAGUAAGAAGGACCUGUAUGAUGCAGUCUGGAUCCAAGUGUCCCGACUGGCCAGCCCACUGCCCCCCCAGGAGGCCAGCAACCAUGCUCAGGACUGUGAUGACAGCAUGGGGUACCAGUACCCCUUCACUCUGCGAGUGGUGGGGAAGGACGGCAACUCGUGUGCUUGGUGCCCCUGGUACAGGUUCUGUCGAGGCUGCACUAUAGAGUGUACAGAGGACAGAGCCUCUGUAGGGAAUGCUUAUAUAGCUGUGGACUGGGAUCCCACCGCCCUGCACCUUCGCUACCAGACCUCCCAGGAGAGGAUUGUGGAGGAGCACUGCAGUGUGGAGCAGUCUCGACGAGCUCAGGCCGAGCCCAUCAGCUUGGACAGCUGUCUGAAGGCCUUCACCAGUGAAGAAGAGCUGGGGGAGGAUGAGCUCUACUACUGCUCAAAGUGCAAGACCCACCGGCUGGCCACCAAGAAGCUGGACCUGUGGAGGCUCCCGCCCAUCCUGAUUGUCCACUUGAAGCGCUUCCAGUUUGUCAACGGUCGCUGGAUAAAGUCUCAGAAAAUUGUUAAAUUCCCUCGAGAGAGUUUUGACCCCAGCGCCUUCCUGGCCCCCAGAGAUCUGGAGCAUCGCUCCCUGCACUCGCGCAGUGAGAGCGAGGACCUGCUGAGGGUCGGGGAAGACAACCUGUCCUCCAUCUCGGCUCCGGCUGGCUUCUGCAACCUGCCCAAAGCCUCUCCAGCCUCCAGCAGGAGAUCAGCGCCGUCUCUCAGUCGGAACAGCAGCCCCUCUGGUAGUCCAAAGCCUGCUGGUCGCAGGCCAGGCCGGCUACGGCUGCCGCAGCUUGGCAGCAAGCACCGGCUCUCCAGCAGCAAGGAGAACUUAGACGGAGCUGCGUCCUCUGAAGCUGACUCCCGGGACGGUGCACUGCAGGUGGACAUAGAGGAGAGGGUGGCGAUAGCGGCAGGAGCAGGGCCUGUGAGCUCCAGCGAUCAGGCGGCGUCAGAGUCAUCCUUUGGCACAGAGGCGUCCAGCAGCCACUGUGACGUAAUCCUGAUGAAUGGAGACAGCAACGGGAUGGGGUCAGACUGCAGCAUAGAGAGCAACGUGGAUCCUGACAGUUCUCUGCUUCAGCACAGGGACAUGUGUCUGGAUCCCCUCUACAACCUCUAUGCAAUAUCAUGUCAUUCAGGAAUCAUGGGAGGGGGCCACUAUGUCACAUAUGCCAAAAACCCCAAUGACAAGUGGUACUGUUACAAUGACAGCAGCUGCAAGGAAGUUCACUCCGAGGAGAUCGACACCGACUCAGCCUACAUCCUGUUCUAUGAGCAGCAGGGAGUCGACUACUCCCAGUUCCUCCCAAAGAUCGAUGGCAAAAAGAUGGCCGACACCAGUAGCAUGGACGAAGACUUUGAGUCCGACUACAAGAAGUACUGUGUCCUUCAGUGAGCGCGCCGCCUUCCAGUCACUACACUACACCUGCGCCCCGCUCUGGCUCUGGGCAGGAAGCGCCAGCUGUUUGGAUCCUCCCAGACUGCUAACGGCUCGGAGCCGCGCCUCUGUCGGCCUGCAUGGAGGCAGCGCAGCAUUUCUAACCAAUCCAAACCUAGAUUAGUCACGUCCACCCCUCCCCUCCUUUUCCAAAGCAUUAAUGUGGUACAAGUGAAAGCGCAUUGAAAAAAAAGUAAUAAAAAAUAAAACAAUCCUCAUUUAUGUGUAUUUUGCCAUAGCAUACCUGUAACAUUCAGCUGAACCUCACAGAUCUCUGAAUGUAUGCCGAUGUGGCCGAGUCAUGAAGUGAUGUUGCUUUCUCACUGUGCAUUGGUCACCUGUGAUGAUGGGAGGAGAAAAAGCAUUUCCGCCUGAGGUUGUGUCAUCAGAGGAAGAACAGUGUCACUGUUCUCUGGGCCUGGAAUGCCAUUUGGGGAUAGUUAAAGUUCAGUACAUACAUGCUGGUGUCAUAAGUGAUGCCACAGGCCAUUAUUGAUUUGAAACUUCUUAUCUAGACUAUUGGAUACUGUGAGAUGCUUUUAAAGCCGUUUUAUUAGGGUAAUAUGUCACUAGGAUUAAUAUCAUAUGCUACCUCAUCACUUCCCAUCAUGCAGUCUGUGCAGCAGCUGUAGCCUAAAUGUAUGAAACAGUGUUAAUUAUGUAGGAGACGAGGUACUUGCAUUUCAGAGUUCCCACACCAAAAAAAGAGAAAAUGCAGCCCUCUUCGCCACGCCUGAAUCCCACGGCUGCCAAAUGACUGGUGUAGACGUGUGUAAAGCCACAACUCCAGGAGCUCACCUGGGAACCUCCAUUUAUUCUGGAGAGGUGCCAUGAUUUCAAAAAAACAGAAGCGCAAAUAUGUUCAGUAUAUGUUCAUGACUUUUUCCCUGGAUUCUGGGGAGGUGGCGUUUUAUAAGACAUGUUUUAUUUUUGUAAACAGAAAGGCUUUCUGUUGAGGCGGAUCUCUUUAGAUCAGACCUGGAUGUCUAGCUGAAGCCACGCCCACAGGAAGCAAGCUUCUCUUUGCACCUUACCCCUGCUGCAGUUCCCUGCUGUCACUUUACACAUCUUUCUAAUGAUUAAAUCUUUGCAACCUUGGAAACAAACCUGGAACAUUUAGGGAGAAAAAAUGUUGACUGUACUAUCAUCAAGAAUUUUAUCAGUGGUGUUAUUAUUCUAAUAUUUAAUCCAUAACCUAAAAAAACUUGACUGACGCAGCUGAGCCUUCGAAUUGUAAUUCAAGUGAUGUCAAUUUAAAGGGAUAGUACCCACUUUUUGAAGUGAGGUUUUGUUAAGAGGCUGUCUUAAAACUACCGCAAUCUCAAAGAAUUUCCUGCACUUAAUGUAAACAUUGAUUCAUAAAUCUUUAAACCAGUCAUAUUUGCUAUGGAUGUGUUUCUAGUGAGAAUGUUAGUUAGUUAGUUGGUUGGAAAGUUAGUUGGUUAAUCACAGGAGCAGGUGGAACAUGUGCAGCUAAGCAGAAAGAGGUAAAUGUACCAGUACAUGUUUCACAUUUGAAGGCGAUUGUGGUAGACCACAAUGUCCCAAUUUACCUGCAAACAGGGACAGAGUUCUGUGUAAAUAAAGAUUUGAUGCAAACAUGACUGCACUGAAAGAUUUGUAAAAUAGUGUUGGCAUAACUCAUUAUGCUCAUUUUGAGAUUUCGGUUUUAAAAAUAAGUCUGUUUUAGCCUCGGCCUGGCUCUGACUCUACUGAAAGUAGGAUAUUGACUGCUCAUGACCUCACACCUGAUUUCCACUUCAGAAGAUUUCUACUUGUGAUUAAUAUCUGAACCAUCGUCAGCCUGCCACCAGUUCAAAGUAAAUGUGAGCGGAAGUGAUUUCCACCUGAUUCAGCUCCCGAGUCAAACAGGUUUUCCAUGAUAAAAUCAGCUUGUUUAAGGCUGUACAUUUAUGAUUUUGUGCUUAUCUGGUGUCGGAUUUGUAAGCCCCUUCACAGAUUUUUUCAGACAACCUGCUGAUGUGGGCUGAUAGUAAAGUCUGACAUCAGAUGACUCGUGGUUACUAUACAGAUUAAAUAUGUGCAGUAGCGCCAAAGCUUCAUGUUUGAGUUCAUAACGUGACAUCUGAGCACGCAUUCAGCUAAAACUAGUUCCAACGGCCUCAAAAUAGACUUGUUUGCACCAUUAACACCCGGCAUGAAGUGAAAAGAUAAAGCUGCUCUGCAUUCCUUAAGUCAGCAGCUUGGUCAAAAGUUUCUGUCAUGUCAACUGAAUGCAAGCACAAAGGCAAACGUGUUUCUUUCACUUAAAGCUGGGUCUGUUUUAAGUUGAUCAGUAGUAGUAGGACACCUCUGCAACUGAAAUGUCCUCUGGCUCCGCCACUACAUACACACACACACACACACACCAGAUGUUUGCUUCAUUUUUAGCUGCUGUAGCCACGGAAUAGACAUUGUUCUGGAGAAUAUGUAUUAGAAUGAAGUCAUCUUUUCCUUUGCAAAGACUGUUGAAUGAAUGAAAGUAUGCUGAUCUGUGCUAUUUAUGUUUGCUCUGAAUGCUGUUUUUCCUCCACCUUUCUGCCUUUUAGCUGAGCUAUUAAUGAUGUUUAGUUUUAUGUGUUUGAAAUGACUCAAAGGGAAACUUGCAGUAAGGAUCAAAUCAGUCAAGAACCCAUUUUCUAGUGCUACAUUCAGUUAUAUGCCCAGUACAUGUCAGUUUUUGAUUUUGUUAUUUUCUGUCCAUAAAUGUGCCCUCAGGCCACCUGCAGCUCAAACUGUUGUUAAAAAUAGGGGCUAAUUUUAGCACAAUUUUCAGAAAUCAAAAGAUCUGCCUAAUGGAACCAAUCUGUGACCUGAGGCUGGACAAGCAGAGCCAGUUAAACCACAGGGCUUUUGCCCCCUGCCCCGCCCCUCACCCCGCACAUUACUUCAGCAGGUUGGCAGGCGGAGCAAUCUACUACUGAGCUGUCUGUCUUUUUGUAGCCUCUUUUUAUUUAACUUCUGUACUGUCAGAUUGAAAGCUGACUUGUUAAUUUAAAAAAAAUGCUUUUUUGUAAGGUGUUUGUUGAAAGAAGGUGACAUUGCACUGACAUUAAAACAUGUACAUAAAGUGUUUUGUAAAUAAGCCAAUGAAAACUGUGUAUUUGAAUAUGAACUGUACAAACUAUUGUACUUGUAGUUGUAUAUGGAGUAAUACUGUUGAUCUGUAACAAAAUAACCAAGCAACAAAUUAAACUGCAGAUGAAAUGCCA